AUGAGUGAAGAAAAUCACCGCGAGGCAAGGCAGGUCAGAAAAAUCGAGGGACAGAGGCGUGGUUCCACGGUGUACGUUUUUGAUGACCAAGCCUAUGUCAAGGAUCGGCAGUACAAUGAGAAGCUUCAUGUGCGGUGUCAUUUGUUCAAAAGUGGGUGCCAUGGGCGUGGCCACAUCAACCUGGAGAACAGCACUAUGAUGGUGACCAAAGACCACAACCAUGACUCCCAGGCAAGUUACAUCGAGCAGAUGGAGCUAAAAUCGUGUAUGAAAGACUCAAUUAAGAAUGAUCCAACACAGAAUGCCAGGCAUGUGUAUGAUGAACGAUGUGCCAGGGCUCCAGCUUCUGCAGCAACUUCUGUGUCAUUUGAAAGCGUGAGGCGCACACUGCUAAAUGAACGAAACAAAUACCUUCCUCCUGCUCCAGCCAGCCCCUUGGAGGCAGCAGACUUCUUGGCAUCAAAUACUAUGUUCCAGUCUUUCUAUAAAGGUGUGGCUACCUACAACGAUAACCUUGCCUUGAUAAUGUAUGAGGAUGGUAUAGAGGACAUUGUCAUGCACGUGGAAGAGAUGGCCAUGGAUGCUACAUUUUCUGUUGUACCAGCAAUUUUUGAGCAGCACCUGACCAUUUUCGGACGCUUUGGAGACAAUUUUCUGCCUAUGUUCCAUGUCCUCAUGACGAGCAGGCACGGGGAGCUGUAUACUGCAGUUCUUGAUAGGAUUAAGUCUCAGUUACCUGGACUGGAUCCAACUAUUGUACACAGAGAUUUUGAAGUAGCAAUACACAACGCUAUAGACAACAAGCUGCUGUGGACAGCCUUGUAG